AGCAGUCGGCUCAGUAUAUUCUUGCGCGUCGGCCCACUCACACACGCGCCGCGUGCCAACCACCACCACUUAUUCUCGCGUACACCAAUUGCACGUGCUUCGCCGAAUCGUGUUCAAUUAUUUUAUUUUUAUUUUUGUAUAGUCGUAAUUUUUUGUGUCACUGAUUUAUGAGUUUUUUAUUUAACUUUUAUUUUUAAUAUAUGAAUAAGAAAACGCAGGACAAGAGGUGAAGUUGUCGAUUGACGAAACAUAAUAAUACGUAGUAAUAUCUACUUCGGACAGUUCAUCAUACGUGUAACCUUUCUGCGGUGCGAUCGCAAUCGGCAGUGAUCAAUACUUUUAUUAUCACCGAAAAAUCAUUGCCAAUACUGUCUUACGAGUGCGAUGAUGACCGGGAAGCGAUGACAUGGAAGCUGCAGCCAGCGUUGUACAGAUGACUGGUGGCGGCGGACGGGUGGGGAUGAACACGGACAUGUUCCUGUUGCCGUCCUCUUUCUCGUCGCCGCCGGGCGUGAUCGUCACCACGGGAUCGCCGAACACUGGCGUCCACCAGUACGCCGCUGCCACGCUCACCUUGUUGCGGCGCGACGCCUGGGUGCUACCGGUGCUCAUACUGUCAGUGCUCACCAUGACGUUGAUCAUGACUUUCGAGGUGUUCGUGCUGUGCAAGACGAGAAAAACGGAGCCCAGCAGGAGACACCUGUUCCUGGGACAGGCGCUGCUGGGCGGGCUGUUCGUGUGCGCGGCGGUCAGCGGGCUGAUGUGCACGCAGCCGACCGUGCUGACGUGCGCCACCGUCAGGCUGUGCACCGGGCUCGGAUACUCGAUGGUGUUCGGCACGCUGCUCGUCAAGUGCGUGUUCCUCAUCAGCCUCAACGGCGGAGUGUACUUGCCCGCGCCGUAUCAGGCGCUCUUGCUGUUCUUCACCGUGGCCAUACAGCUGGCCAUCGGCGUCCAGUGGCUCAUCUACACGCCACCGCAACUCCUAUCGUCCCAGUGGACGAGCAGCCUGGACAACAGCUGUGAUACCAAGUACCAGCACAUGCUCGGCUCGCUGGUGUACGCGGCCGGUCUGCUGUUGGCCGUCACCGUGUUGGCCAUCAAGUCGCGGCACAUACGGGACAACUACCGCGAGGCCAUGUACAUCGGACUGGCCGUCGGCUGCACGGCGCCGCUGUGCGUCGGCUGGGCCGUGGCCGGUCUGUGGGCCACGCAGCCGGGCGACCAGGACGGAUGCCUGGCGCUGGGCCUGGGCGCCACGGCCGCGCUGGUGUUGCUCGUCAUGUUCAUGCCCAAGGGCCGGCAGCUGGCCGCCAUGGGCCGGGACGGUCUGUACGACGAGGACAAGCUCAGCACGCUCAGCAGGCCCGCGUCCCCGUCGUUUUUCCACUUCAAACCGUUCAUGACGCCAAUGAAGCACACGUCGACGAUCAACACGUUCGGAGAUCGAGUGGCGCUCGUAGCCCCGCCGACGUACGCUCACCAUUAUUACCCGUACUGCUAUUAUCCGCACCACGGUGGCGGCGGUGGUGGUGGUGGAAUGAUGGGUGGCGGUGGAGGCGGCCACCACGGAAGUCACAUGCAGCAGCCCAUCUACUCAAGAUGUCCACCCGACAUGUGCAACUUUUCGGGAAUGGACAACAGCAUUUACACUACGAUGGAGCCGACCAUGUCCAACAACCCCAACGUGUUUUUCCACCGUUCCGGUAUCCACCCCGGAAUGAUGUACUGAUUAUUGUUUAAGUUAAUACUAUAUAUAUACAUAUAUAUAUAUUUGACUAGAUGUUUUUUUCUCCCGAUUUUAUAAAUUU